GACACUGUUCGUUUGGAUAUUUAACGUCAGAUCAAUAUACAGCGUUAUGAACGUGCCGAACUUGUAUGUUAUUCUGGUACAUUUUCAUAAGCUUUAUUGCUAAGUUUUAUUUUGAAUGACUGGCUUCCAAAUUAUUACAACUGGAUUCUUGGACUAUAAGAGAAAAACGGUCUUUUACGGAUUUUUAACAUUGUUUUGCUGUUGUUUUCUUCGUUAUCUUCGAUAUAACAAUUAGACAAUCGUUUACAAUUAUUUGACGUAACGAUUUACAGUAUUUACAACGCUUAAUUCACUUCUGCAACACGAUCCAUUGUUGAUAAAAGGAUGUCGUCGUCUGAAGAACCGUUUUCCUACAUCGAAAUGAGUCGAGUCAGCGCAGCUGGCACUGUCAUUAGUGGCGACGAUCAUCUCCUAAGAGAAAUGGAGCCCAACAAUUCAUUACAGGAGGCCGGGUGGUACUGGGCUGACAUAUCAAGGGAGGAGGUGAAUGAAAUACUCCACGGCAUGCCUGAUGGUGCUUUCUUGGUCCGAAAUGCCUCCUGCAGGGUGCAGGGAGAAUAUACAUUAACUGUUAGGAAUAAUGGCACCAACAAACUCAUCAGGAUCCAUCAUCGAGAUGGAAAAUUUGGAUUUUCUGAGCCUCUGACCUUCAGCUCAAUGCCAGAUCUGAUAUCUUACUACAGGCAUAGGAGCUUAGUCCAGUACAACACUUCCCUGGAUGUCACAUUGGCUUAUCCCGUGUCCCACUGUAACACGGAUCUACCUGUGAAGGAAGAGUUUUUGAGUGCAACCAGAGAGAAACUUCAAGAAUGUUUAAGGCUGUUUCAGAAGACGGCAGAGUAUGACCAGCUAUAUCAUGCUUGCACUACAUUAUUACAGGAAAUCCAAAGGAGAAAAGCUGUAGAGCCUGUCAGUAUGACAGAGAUCUCAAAAGAACAGUGUUAUUCUCAAGAGAACUUUUGCAAGGAUUUCCCAGACACAAUUCACAGUCAUCUGACAGAGUCUCAAUAUGAGAUAAAAGAGCAGCAAGAGAAGAGUGUGGAGCUCCUAGAGGAAGAGAGUUGGUUUGUGGGCGAUCUUGGUCGAAGUCAGGCAGAGGAGCUUCUCCAUGGAAAACCAUCUGGAGCUUUUCUCAUCCGCAACAGCAGCACGAAGGAUUGUUACGCCUGCUCUGUAGUGGUUGGCAACCAGGUGAGGCACUGUGUGAUUCGCCAUACAGAGCGCGGCUAUGGAUUCGUUGAGCCAUUCGAUCUCCACAAGUCUUUGAAGGAUCUAGUUAUGCACUACCAUCACACCUCUUUGGCACAGCACAACCAGGCUCUGGACGUACGGCUGGCGUAUCCAGUUCACAUGUCCAGCGCUCCCACCGUUCACAGUUGAGUUCGCCAUGCUGACAGCUGACUUCACGGUGAAGAUUAAGUGCACUAAGACUGAACAAGAUUUGGCACUCGUUGGCAUGUCCCUUCAUUUUACAGUUUGAACAAUGUACAUUGUGCGAAGGGUGGAACCAACUGUCAGGGCUGUUGUAUAUGUAUAUUGCACUUUCCAAAGCAUUCCUCAUGGUCAUAAUGAUACUCCAGUACUUGAACAAGUAUUUGAUGAGCCCUUUGUAGACAUGUUUACAGAUAGUCAUAAAAACAUGAGAAUUUGUUUUUAAGGGUUUUGUAAUACAAUCAUGGUUUUUUAAGCAAAUAGAUGUAGUAGUUUUUGUGGGGAUGAAUGCAUAUAACCUUUUUAUUAAAACAUUUUUUAAGGUGUAUCACAGUGGGGUGCAUUUAUUAUUAAAUGACACACUUUUAAAUCUUGCUUUAUGUCUAAAACAAGAUGCCUUUUUUUUUUUUUUUUUUUUUGCACCCAAAUAAGGAUGUUUUUGACGCACGGUUUAUUUGUUCUAGAGAAAUCCAAAAAUGUUUCGGAAACGGUUUUUAGUUUAUAAAAGUAUCCAUUUUGCACCUGUGAAAAAGUAACAGGAAAUGUAUUUGUUGAAUUUAAGUUUGUGGCAAAGGCCUACUUAUAAUGUUUACUUGUUUUUAUUAGGAAAGCCAGGACAGUGUAGUUGUCUUAUGGGACACUUCACUGAGUUCAAUAAGUGAGUGUGUCUAUGGUAAAUGACACAAUGCCAAACUGCUCAUCCUUGAGAUGAACAACUCAACUCAUCUACAGUGUUUUCCCUUGCAUGCUUCUUUUAAAAAAUAAUAAAAGAAGGGAUUGUGAAUAAAUUCA